GGAAGAUGAGGUGGAGUGAGACCAAAAAACUUCCUCUGAAGAUCCACGGCCACGCUGUCGUCUCCCACAGAGGAAUGGUCUACUGCAUCGGAGGAAAGACGGACGACAACAAAGCGCUCAAUAAGAUGUUUGCGUACAACCACAAACAGUCAGAGUGGAGGGAGCUGGCGGCCAUGAAGACGCCCAGAGCCAUGUUCGGAGCCGUCGUCCAUAACGGCAGGAUCCUGGUGGCCGGGGGCGUCAACGAGGAAGGACUCAGUGCGUCGUGUGAAGCGUACGACUUCACAACCAACAAGUGGGAGCCCUUCACAGAGUUUCCCCAGGAACGGAGCUCCGUCAACCUGGUGAGCAACAGUGGCGCUCUGUUCGCUGUGGGCGGCUUCGCCAUGGUUCAGAUGGAGAACAAGGAGGUGGCUCCCACAGAGGUCACUGACGUCUGGCAGUACGAGGACGAUAAGAAGCAGUGGAGCGGGAUGCUGAGGGAGAUGCGUUACGCUGCCGGCUCCUCCUGCGUGUCCAUGCGCCUCAACGCUGCCAGGAUGGCCAAGCUGUAAACAGAGUCGCUCCAGAAACCUCCUCCUCCUCCUCUCUCUCUCUUUCCAUCCUGCCUUUCUCUGUCAAGUUGACCUUUGACAAGGAACUCAGACAUUUCUUAUCUGCACUGUAAACACUCGGCUCUGCACCGUCUCCACACUAUCAGAAGAGAAGCCACAGUUUAGAUCCCUGAAGCUCUGUGUUCGUCCUUUCUCGCUCUUCUUUUGUAAAAUAAACUCUUCUUUGAUUGUUUUGA